GCCUGUCAGGCAUGAGACUAGCUAAACAUGUCAGGAAUAAUGCUAUAAGCGCUCUUGAGACCUUUCAAGAAAAUCACUUCACUCUUAGCGCUGCUUUCGGCAUUUCCAAGUUACGAUUCAUCACGGAUUGUUUCGAGAUAGUACUUAACAGACAGAUGCCACUGCAAGCUACUAUCCAUAUAGUCCACCAGGGUCUUUUACUUAGAAUAUCCAUCCUUUCAACAUACAGCGAUGAUCACCCCUUCAUGCUCACCGUGACACGUGAUCGACUCGUCAUCUUGCAAAAGUCCUCGUCUAUCCGUCAUCUACGCGCUUCAUUGUUUCUUGCCAUCACAACUAAAAGCCUAGUAUGGAUAAGCAACUAAUAUACGAGAGGAAACGUCGCCGACAGAAGCUGAACAAUAUUUAUGGACAGCUUAGCGAACUUGAUCUUCGGUUGUUACCCACCCAUCUCAAGCAGGUCAAGAUCAAUCACACAGAACUGUCACUUGAUGCCAGUAAUCCCCCCUAUUACUUCUCCUCUUACCUGUAUUCCAUCGAAGAACCCGAGUAUGAAUAUCCAGAAGAUGCGGAAGACUGGCCGAAAUUCGACGGAUGCCAAUACAAGAAUGCAGAACACCUCGCCAUUUGUCUGAACCGAUUUUUCUGCCGUUGCGAGAUGCCACAAGCAGACACUCACCCACCUCGCUUUGGAAUGACCUCUUGGGGAAACUUCAAUUUUCAAGACUUGGGCUGCGUAACUUUGGGCUCCCAGUGGCAGGUUAAAUCAGUUUGGUACGAUACCAACACUGAAGCCCCUCAUAUCGUGGCUCUCAUGUGGACAGAACAAGGAGCUUUGCCGCAGCGAUGUUGACGCCGCGAUUGUGAUCAUGCACGGACGCUUGCGAGAUCCAUCGCUCCGACCUCAUGCUAUUGCCCCUGUAAGCCUUUAGCUACCCCUAUUAUUCAGGUAAGCGUGAAACGCUAACCACUCUUGCAG